AUGCCAUACACUACACAGUUACAUAUAAUACAAACAUGGCUUCGACGAAGAAAACAAGGAGCGCUGAUUUUGACAAAUCAAUCCACCCAGUUGAUAUCGUCUUCAACGAGUUCAUGGAAGCAAACAGUAGUCACUACAACAACAAGUGAUUCUUAUAUUUCACUGUGUGAUAGCACUUUUGAAUCUAACAACGUCAACAUGCCACAAAAUCCAUGUGAACAGAUACGUUGUAGCGUUAUUCUACGCGCAAGUGGCGGUCGUCUUGGCAAUCGGAUGUUUAUGUAUGCUAGUGCAUAUAGUUUAGCUCGUACUCAUAAUUGUCGUUUGUACGUUAACGAUUCAAUUAUUCAAGAGCUCUCGGAAAAUUUCCAAAUGAAAAAAAUCGAUGAAAGAAUGUGGCUAUCCGAGGAAGGAUAUAAGAGUUUAAAUGAUGUCCAACGAAAGCUAUCUUUUUGCGAAUUUAUACCAGAUUUAAUGCGUCGAGAUGCAUUCAAACAUAUCGAAAUUGUUGGCUAUUGGCAAUCUUAUUUAUAUUUUGACGCUUAUCGAGAAGAAAUUCGAGAAAUAUUCUCCGCCAAUCCCACCGUAUUAGCGAAUGUUAUCAAAUACAUAGGAACUCUUACAAAGCUUACCUGUCCAUCAUGCCCGCCAUUGAAAGUAGCUACUCAAAAAGAGCUUCGGCAGCGUUUUCAAACACAGUAUAAUACCACGUGGAUUGGCAUUCAUAUUCGCCGGCGUGAUUUUCGUCAACUUGGCUAUGCAUCGGAUGACGCCUAUAUUCAUAACGCAAUGACUUACUUUCGACGGCGUUAUUACUACCAGAAGAUUCGUUUUCUUAUCGCCAGUGACGAAAAACCAUACUAUCAGCAUAUGUUUUCAAAAGAUAUCAAACUUAAAAAAGUUUUCCUUCUUCCGCGUAAAUUUACGCCUGCAGAUGAUCUAACUGCUCUGACAUUAUGUCACCACUCAAUCGUGACUGGUGGCACAUACAGUUUUUGGAGUGCUUAUCUUACUGGUGGAGAAGUUAUACAUGAUAUCAAAUACCGAAUUACUUGUAGGCCGUCAGAUUAUUAUCCACCAUGGUUUGUGUUAGUAGGAACACCAAUUGGAAAACCUUCGAAGUAG